CAGUUUCAGAACCCUAGUUUCAGAAUCCAAGUUUCAGAACCCUAGUUUCAGAACCCCAGUUUCAGAACCCUAGUUUCAGAAUCCGACCGAUUAGUUUCCGAAUCCGGCUCUAACCGCCCGCCCAACGUACAAAACGAUUGCAUAAUUUUUUGCAGAGAGUUCAGUCGAUGACUUUCCCUUUGCCGCCAGGUCGGGUAGUGGUUGUAGGCGACGUGCAUGGCUGCAGUGAUGAGCUGAAAGAUUUGCUGGAGGCCUCCCAGUUCCACCCAAGCUUGGAUGAGCUCGUGUUCGUGGGAGACCUCAUCGGGAAAGGUCCUUCGCCCGAGGAAGUGGUCCGUAUCGCGCGAAAGUACUCAGCGAAAGCAGUCCAGGGAAACCACGAGUACAACCUCUUGCAAUGGCGGAAGCGUGGUGGCAUACUUCCGGAUCCUGAAGGGCGAAUCAAAGAAAGGUACGCCGCAACUGUGAAAGGGCUAGAGGAAGACGAGUGGGAUUGGUUGGAGUCCCUUCCGUUGAAGCUUCAGCUGGAUUUGCCUCAGUCUCCUUUGCCUGUCAUGGUGGUUCAUGCUGGUCUUGUACCAGGUGUUUCAAUCGAGCAACAAGAGCCGGAGAAUCUGGUCAAUUUGCGCAGCUUCGACCACGAAGGUCGCGCUUCCAAACAAUACGAUGCGGGUGGCGGUGGUUGGGCCAGGCACUGGCGUGGCCCCAUGCAGGUGAUUUUUGGCCACGAUGCUCGUCGAGGUUUGCAACGAGAACCCUUCGCCAUAGGUUUGGACACAGGUGCAGUUUAUGGCGAUGAGUUGACGGCGCUACUUUUGCCAAAAAAUUUGGAUCGGUCUUUGGCGCACUUGGAACCGCAACAUUUUGCACAGGUCCGAGCACGACGAGCGUCCUUUGGUCAGAUCCAGAGAUGUUUUGGGUUGAUAAUUAAAGUUUGAUGUGUGAAUCUGAUUGAACAUACAUCGACGUACCCUGAAUGUGAUGUAGCUGUCAGAAGGAAUAUAUAAUUAUAUAUAUAUAUAGUAAUAUCUAUUAUAUUGUACUGCACGACCGACUUUCGAAAUGAUACCAUGAGCUGCAUGUCCUUGGCUUUGCAACUGUUCCACCAGUUUGCUACAUUCUAUUAGCCAUACAUGUCGCCGCAUGCACUGAUUUGAGUACGUACAGUACCCAGUUCACAGCUUGGAUCCAGGUACGCCCAGAAGAGUGAUGACCUCAAAAGCACGCAAUGAAGCCACGCAACGCCUCCACGAUACAUCAGCAGCAGCCUCAAUCAAAUUUACAGACUCUUGCUAAUGAUGGGUUCUGGAAAGAUAUCCUGACUGGCCAGACGCCUGCCAGACGACAUCUCGCUCCGCAUGCUCUGCUUUCCUGCAGUUGAGGGCAUCUACUGAGACAGCACAUGAGUGUAGAAGGAGUUUUGGUGCCUUUGAGGUGAUUUGAAGCGGAUGCUUCUAGCACGGAACGACGGAACAAUACAAGCAUUUGAAGGUGAUCAGAAGGGACACUGUGCGACAGAGUGAACUGAGCGAACUGUUUCACCUCUUGAAGUUGGGAGAUGUUCCUUUCGAUGUUCUGCUCGGGCCUUUUCCGUCACCACUUCGGCAAAAAAAGGACAACAGGAACACCUGGGCGAGUGAUGUGCAGGC